GAUUAUCAUUCCUAAUUUGAUCGCAAUCGAUUCACUAUGUAACCUCUGUACAUGCUGGAGUCGGAGUACAGGGCUCAUACAGUAUCUCCCAACUACUAGAUGAAACAAUGGAACCAGAUUGCAGUCUGUCAUUUCAUUUUCAGUUACCUAGAGUUUGCUUCGUUGUCGAAGCAACAUAAGCUUUGCACCUGUCGAAAUGUUUACUUGCCCCAAGCAUGUCUGCUUCCUGAAGCCAGGCAAGGAAUAAGCCCUUGGUGGUUGCUUGCGAAAUUCCUCCAUGCUUUAUCCAACAAGUGAGGCAAUCUCUUCAUAUAAGAGAAGCACAACACAAACUCUGUCAUGUGUUACACGCCAAUUCAUAGGUUUACCAUUCUUGUGGAGCACUUCCUUUUUUCUUAUUUGUUCAGGUCGCUCCUGCCGAUUCCAACGGCCUUUUGCUCUACAUCGCGUGUGCGGUUAACUCCAUCUGCAUCCUUGCCGUCAAGACGAAACUUUGAAGGCUAUAUUCCUCGUAGCUGCUCGCGUUCAUCGUUGCAGAUAUACACCCGGUCAUCACUGCUAUCUCUUUCGCCACCUUCAGCCCUCAUGGUGUCGGCCCAGCUUCCCCCGGCUGAUGUAGCCCAGCGGUCAGAGGAGUGGUUUGCUCUGCGCAAGGAUAAGCUCACCACAAGCACCUUCAGCACCGCUUUGGGUUUCUGGGCUGGCAACAGGCGGUCGGAGCUGUGGAGUGAGAAGGUCUUCGGACCAACAAAUAUCAAGUUGGCGGAUGCAGCCAUGGCUGCCAUGGCCUGGGGAACCAAUCAUGAAAGCAUGGCCGUGGAGCAGUACACGAGGAUCACAGGACGGUCAGUGGGUUCCCUUGGCUUCGCAGUGCACACUGAGGCUAAAUUGGGGUGGCUAGGAGCUUCACCUGACGGCGUUCUCGGGUGUGACCCUGACGGCGGGAUCCUGGAAGUCAAGUGCCCGUACAACAAGGGUAAGCCCGAGCUUGCUCUGCCAUGGCGUAUCGUGCCAUACUACUACAUGCCGCAGGUGCAGGGGCUGAUGGAGAUCAUGGGCCGAGACUGGGUGGACCUCUACUGCUGGACACCCAACGGGAGCAGCCUGUUCCGAGUGCCUCGGGACCGUGCAUACUGGGAGCUCAUUCACGACGUCCUGCGCGAGUUCUGGUGGGGCAACGUGAUGCCCUCCCGGGAGCUGGUGCUGCUGGGCAAGGAGGCCGAGGCAAGAUCUUUCGAGCCGCAGCCCAAGCACCGGCUGACAAACCUAGUGAUAGUUAAGAGCAGGAAACUAGCUUCUGAAGCCAAGUUGUUGUGUAGGGAUGUUGGUGGGCAUGUAGAAUUCUUCCCAUAAGUGUAGUUCUGCCGGUGGUUGUACACUGUAUUCUGUUUAUUCGUUAAAUGAAAUCAAUGAAUUACUCCCGAA